AGUGGCAGCACUGCUAGCUGUCAAAUCGGUAAAAACGUUCCGUGAGAUAAAAAAUUCUUUGGAUAUUGUGGUACAAGUGCAUUUUUUGGACUAAUAUUAGUCAUAGUUAACAACUUUUCUUGAUAAUCGUGUAGACGGCCCAGAGUCCGCGAUUAAUUUUUCAAAAACAUUUAAAAGUAUUAUAAAUAUCUUUGCAUUUAUCAAUUUAUACCAACAAUGUCCGAACGAUAUACAUUUGGAGGCUCUCUAGCAUCAAUAACUUGUCAUGCUUGGAAUAAAGAUCGCUCACAAAUUGCUCUUUCGCCCAACAACAAUGAAAUUCAUAUCUAUAGCCGCGAACGUAAUGAUUGGAAGUUAUCCGAUGUGCUAAAUCAACAUGAUUUACGAGUAAUGGGUAUAGAUUGGGCGAAAAAUACGAAUCGCAUUGUAAGUUGUGCUGCUGAUCGGAACGCUUAUGUCUGGUCCCAAGCGGAUGAUGGUAAAUGGAAACCCACUUUGGUAUUGUUGCGUAUCAAUCGUGCAGCUACUUGUGUUAAAUGGUCGCCAGCAGAAAAUAAAUUCGCUGUUGGCUCAGGUGCACGCCUGAUAUCAGUGUGCUAUUUUGAGUCUGAAAAUGACUGGUGGGUGUCCAAGCAUAUUAAAAAGCCGAUUCGUUCGACAGUUACCUCUUUAGAUUGGCAUCCAAAUAAUGUAUUGCUUGUGGCUGGAUCAACCGACUAUAAAGUCCGUGUAUUUUCAGCUUACAUUAAAGACAUUGAGGAUCAACCAAGUCCAACACCUUGGGGCAAUCGGAUGCCAUUAGGAAAUCUCAUGGCAGAAUUUAAAAACUCAACGAAUUCAGGUGGUGGCUGGAUAAACGAUGUCAACUUUUCUGCUGAUGGAAAUAAAAUUUGUUGGAUUGGUCAUGAUAGUUGCAUUAAUGUUGCCGAUGCAACCAAUGGCAAUGCAUUUGUACGUUGCAAAACACAGUAUCUACCCUUCCUUUCUUGUGUUUGGAUAUCGCCAGUGUCCAUAGUUGUGGCUGGCCAUAGCUGUGUUCCAUUGGUCUAUACAUUGGUUGAUAAUUUAAAAUUGGUGCUAACGGCUAAAUUAGAUAAAUCACAAAAGAAAGAGUCUAGCGGUAUAUCCGCUAUGCGUAUUUUCCAAUCGUUGGAUCGAAACUUAAGAACUGAAAAUUCUGAUACUAAUGUUGAUUCAAUACAUCAAAACGCUAUAACUUGUAUUCGCUUGUAUGCUGGUGAAAAGGAAAAUGGUAAAAAAAUAAGCACAUCUGGUGUUGAUGGUCAACUUGUUAUAUGGGACAUUGAUAACGGGUUGAACAAUUCCAUGAAUAACUUAAAAAUAUAAGCUUUAAAAGCCAAAAUAUUCUAUACAUACUUACGUACACUUGGGUUUUUAAUAUACAUACAUAUUAAAUUUCUUAAAUAUAAUAAAUUUGAAAUUUGUUAAAUAGAUUUCCAAAAGUUA